ACUACUAUGAUAAUUUUUCUGUAACAUGUUUGCAACUUUACUGAUAAGGCAUUCGAAAUGAUUUAAAGGCAGCGGAGGCAAAAGCUGGUUGACUGUAAUACCAAAGCCUCUUCAAGAAGGAGCUGGACUCGCCCUUGUCACGAACUAGUAUAUUGAAAAAUCUCUGAGAAAUCUGCAGCAGCAAUGAACGUCCUAUUAACAGCGUGGGCCAUCUUGGUUGUGUACUUUAUGUCGCACUCCGUAAAUGCUGAAAAUAGAAUCGGGUGUAACUUCGAAGUGGACCUCUGCGGUUGGACUCAAAACACUGACGACGAUUAUGAUUGGCGCAGAAACAGUGGGCCUACACCAUCGUUUUCAACAGGGCCGUCAGGUGACCACACACUAGGCUCCGCAUCUGGGGCGUAUAUCUACACUGAAGCCUCUUUUGGGAUUGCAGGGGAAACAGCUAAGCUGACAAGCGACAGGGUUACUCUCAGCUCGGGUGAUGGCUGUUUUCAACUUUGGUACAACAUGUACGGAGCGGGUAUUGGCGCCCUAAACGUGUAUCUGAUGCCGUCUGACGGUCCCUUGAAAAGUCUCGUUUCCUUGGAGGGAGAACAGGGCAGGGAUUGGCGUAUGCUGUCUGUGAACAUUAGCAGCACCGAUUUCCGUAUCGUUCUGGAAGGCGUCAGAGGGAAGUCGUUCAUGGGCGACAUUGCUGUGGAUGACGUCCGUUUAACGGACAGGCCUUGCGGAGAUCCCCAGCUUGUGGGCUAAGUUUUAAAAAAAACAAACAAGAAAAAAAAAAGUGGGAUUACCACUCACUCGGCUUUAUCGAAUGUGCAUAAUCGUAACUAACUCAUUCGAUUUUGUUGAAUGUGCAUAAUUGCAAAUCAAUAAUAAUACAUUUAAUUAUAUUCGCUUUUGUCGAGUGUGCUCAAUAAAGCCACUUUCUUCUGAGUUCAA